AUGGUGGUAUCACUUCUCUUUAUAUUGAAGUAUGAUGGUUCUUCAAAGUCGAGAAGCCACCGAAGAGAAAAUGGGCAAAAGAAAGCAGCAUUUUUGGACAAAGAUGAUGUUUGGAAGACAUGUUAUAAAGCAAUUCAUCCUAAUUGGCUGCUUGCUUAUAGACUAAUUGCUUUCUCCCUACUUCUGUCUUUACUCACUGCAGAUCUAGGAUCUUCACUGUCCAUCCGUGGCUGUCUCCAAUCUUGCAAGGGAGAUAGUGGUGCUAGCACUGAUGGUGUUGAUACAGAGAGAGGCACUUACAUUGCUCCAGUUCCUGAAAAUGCAAGCGUACUUAUUGUAUCCAAUGGCUUGAAUUCCCAUGGCGAGCCACAUGAUUAUUGCUGCCUGGCCUUGCAAAUAGUCUUCCAGCUGGCUGUUUGUAUGCAUUCUGUCAAUGCUAUUUGCCUUCUAGGUGAUGUGUGUCUAAAUCGUCUACGGUUUCCUUUCUUCCGGAUAGCAUAUUUUGUUCUUUGGACAUGCGUCUUUGUCAUUUUCCAGUGGAUCCUCCAUAUUUUUGUCUCGUUGAGGUGGCCGUAUCCCUUUCUAGAUUUGUCAUCUCAAUAUGCUCCCCUUUGGUACUUUGCUGUUGGUAUUCUCCAUCUGCCUUGCUAUGGAAUGUUUGCCAUACUGAUUAGAAUAAAGACUUAUUUGGACGAAUUCAGAGUCCUUGAGGUGUGGGGAAAUCUGGUAACAAUCAGUUCCGUUUGUGCCGCCUUGGCGGGAGUUUGGUCGCUCUGGCAGGGCCACUACAGCGGAAUGAUAGCCGUUGGGGCGGGUCAUCUUCACGAGACUAUUGACAGACCUCGCUUAGAAGAUCAGCGAUCAUCACUUCGAUUUCAAGGGUGA